AUGCCGGCUAAGGUGCCACCGGGGAAGGGAAUUAGGCCUGGCAAUAAUGAGUCCCAGACAUCCGUCCCCAGUUCCGAGGUGGCUUUAGAUUUGAAGGGACAAAGUGAGAAAGAGGAAACCAGAGAGAUCCAGGUGGUCACUGAAGAGGAGCCUUCUGCCCUGUUGUGGCUUGUGGUGUCCUUGGAGUCUAAAAGCUACAUGAUGCUCCCUGGGAAGUGGCUGCUUUCUGACUGGAUAGAAAUCAUAGAGGAUACAGAUAGUUUGCGGGCACAGGAGCGAGAGGACAUCAUUAUGAACUAUGAGAAGGGACACCGAGCUGGGCUGCUAGAGGACAUGGGGCCUGAGCCUGUUGGAAUCUACAACAACAUUGAUCGCUUUGGGAUUCUGCAUGAGACAGAGCUGCCUCCUGUCACUGCUCGGGAGGCGAAGCAAAUGCGGCGGGAGAUAACACGAAAGAGCAAGUGGAUGGAAAUGCUGGGACAGUGGGAGACAUACAAGAACAGUGAAAAGCUGAUAGAUCGAGUAUAUAAGGGCGUUCCCAUGAACAUCCGGGGCCAAGUGUGGUCAGUCCUGCUGAACAUACAGGAAGUCAAGUGGAAAAACCCCAGAACAUACAAGGUCAUGAAGGAGAAGGGCAAGAGGUCAUCUGAACACAUCCACCAGAUUGACGUGGACGUGAGCGGGACACUAAGGAAUCACAUCUUCCGAUAUCAAUACGGAGCCAAGCAGCGGGAACUCUUCUACAUCCUCCUGGCAUAUUCGGAGUAUAACCCGGUGAGUGGCUACUGCAGGGGACUGAGCCCAAUCGCGCUCUGUGUUUCUCUUUACCUGCCUGAGGAGGAUGCAUUCUGGCACUGUGCAGCUCGUGCAGCGUGA